AUUGAAGGUGUCGAAAGAGUGGUUCUCACCCACCACAAUGUGGCAGUGUCCAAAGUCUCCUCAAUUGACUGGUGCUUCGUCAAGCCCAAGGUGGAGUCAGUACUCUCUAAUUUCUUUGCAGUACCUGGCCUCCAAUCGGUUUAUCGAUAUGCCUUACAAUUCGAGACAGAGGUAGAGGAAGCUGAGAAGGCUAAACUGAUGGAGCGCAUCGCUGAGGUGCUGGACGAUCGAAUUAGGCCAGUGCUUCAAGAUGAUGGUGGCGAUGUUGAUGUAGCUGACUUUGAUGAGGAAACCGGAGUGCUGAGCGUCCGACUGAAGGGGGCCUGUGCUGGGUGUCCGAUGUCGAGCGUUACUCUGCGCUUCAGAAUAGAGAAUAUGCUUGUACAGAGCGUCCCUGAAGUGAAGAAGGUUAUCAACAUUGCUUCUACCGAUGUUAGUCAGAACCCUAAAGAGAUGGAAUUUUGA